CGGACUUAUAUUAAAGACGAGCGCAAGGAUUUUAACAACACGAGCGUUCGCUCAAUGAUAUUGUAGUUUAUACCGAUUAUUUUGUUACGUACUUUCUUAAAAGGUCCAUCUUUGUGGGAGGUCAUGCUCCUGGCGGAUCCUGGUCUGUUCAUUGGAACGGCGGCCGACCUUAAUGACAAGGCGGCGUUGGCGGAUGCGUCCGUGACUCACAUCCUGUCCGUGGACUCUGUGGACCCUGGAGCUCUUCUGCCUGAGGGUUGUGGCUAUUGCAGUAAAUGGAUCAAUGUGCUGGAUGAGGCGGCCUCUGACCUCCUGAGCCACAUGGACUCCUGCUUCCUGUUUAUUCAGGAGGCAGUGGAUGGAGGCGGCGCCGCGCUGGUCCACUGUCAUGCUGGACGUAGUCGCAGUGCCACCAUUGUGACUGCUUACCUGAUGAAGAGAUACCAGCUGGGCUUUGUGGAGGCGUAUCAAAGACUGAAAAACGUCAAGCAGGAUGUGCAGGUCAACAGCGGUUUUGAGGAGCAGCUGUGUCUGUACGAGGCCAUGCAUUGUGAAGUGGACACCUCUAGUCCUUUUUAUAAACAAUACAGACUGACCAAGAUGACUGAGAAAUACCCCGAGCUGCAGCAUGUCCCCAAGGAGAUGUUUGCAGCUGACCCUGCUCUCUCCAGCUCAUCUGAAUCCUCCUAUCGAUGCAGGAAGUGCAGAAGAACUCUGUUCCGCAGCUCCAGUCUUCUCAGUCACCAAGUGGGAGAAGGUGCAUCAGCCUUUGCCCACAAGAAGUCCAGCAACCUGACUGGAGGAGUCCAAUGUACUUCAUACUUUAUUCAACCAGUGCAGUGGAUGGAACAAGCGCUACUUGGUGUGAUGGAUGGACAGCUGCUAUGUCCUAAAUGUGGAUACAAGCUGGGCUCGUUCCGCUGGUGUGGAGAUCAGUGUUCAUGUGGUCGCUGGGUCACGCCGUCCUUUCAGCUGCACCGGAACAGAGUGGACGAGAUACCGGCUCGUCAGUAUCCAUUUGGAAAGAAAGAAAAAGAAUCCUAGUG